AGAUGCGCGCUAGAUUCGAGCCGCCGCUGGGCUGUUCAGAGCGAGCGUGGACGUUUACCGCGUCGCAUCUUUUGGGUUUUUCAGUUGAUUCCUUUGUGAAUGUUCUUAGUCUCGCAACGCGUUCAUGAGCUACACGAUUCUUAACUCGGCUAUUCCCUUCCGCGAGUGUUUCGUCAGAUUGAUUUGCGUUGAAGUUUCAGUUGGAUUUGUCGCUUAAAUCUCGAUUACGAAUAUACUUAGAACAUAUACGAAUGGAAUCGUGAGAAUUUCCGGGAUACACUGUAACCCGAUUCGAACGCAAUAGUGAUCGACAGUGAGCACCAAUGACAUGUGCAGUGACAUUGAUAUCGAACUUUAAACAAUCAAUCAAAAUUUUCGCGUUGUUCGACCACCAAAUUAGACAUGAUAGAUCGUACCGUGUAUCAAACAUAUAGAGAUCUAUGUUUCGUUCACACAUCAUCGGCGAUGUUCACGUAAGAGUGCAGAGUCGAGCCAUGCUAGUAAUCAUUUUUGAUUUUCUAUAUAUUUUUCUUUAAUCCCAUUGCUGUCUAUUUGUUUUCUAUAAGUAGAUUAAUAGUAUCGAUAAGAAUGUAAAAAUUAGAAAGGACAUCCGUGAGUGUAAGUAGUUUGCAGUGUCUCGUGAAUUUGACUGUUUUAAAGACAUCUACCUUUGCUCGAAGUUGGCAACAUCGAACCCAGGAUCGGAGCAGAAAGGCAAACGUUUGAACGAAGAACGCGUAGACGGCGAAACUUAUAGUCGGCCGAGUAUAGUAGAUGUGUGCACGUUCGAAGAGAAAGAGAACGAAAAGCCGGUCUUCGAUGGAACACCUGUUCUACAGAUUUGAAUAGCGUUUGAAGCGCGACUCUACGAUUAAUUCAACGACCGACAGCACGACGGCAACGGCAACGGUGACGGCGACACCGACGACGGCGGUUAUUCUCCUCCGUUCGGCGGCGCUGUCACCUCUAAAGAUGUCAGAGCUCCGAAUCGAUUGUUCCGAACUAACUCAUUCGAAACAUUAAGACGCCUAUACCAGAAACAGCAGAAUACUCGGACAAGAUGUCAAUGACGGGAAGCUUAAUGGGUUACGAGAACAAUAACGAGAUAAACCAAGCAAAGUGUAAGAAGCCGUUAAAACCGCUUCCGAUAGUGUCUAGCAUAAAUUCCAGUGGUAUUACAACAGCCAACAAAACGAAAAAACCCCGAAGAUCGGCCAGACGCAGCUCUUGUAUACGAGGUCACGUGAAUAGUUUGUGGUCCGUCUGGUACGGUGUUUUGGCGGUCGCUUUUCAAGCUUACAUCGGGUUAAGAUACGCGAAAAGGUUCGCCGGGGGAAUUUUUCCAGCGUAUUUAUCGUUACCUUGGCCCGCGGACGCUCCGCCGCCAAAGGUGGAGCUGUACGCGUGCUUGGUGCUGGCCGGUGCUGGAGUCGUUUUGCUGCCCGUUCUUCUCGGCGCGGCAUUUUUAAAGCUCGGCAACCUGGCGAACGAUGGGGUGAAACUCGGUCGCCAUUUGAGCGCGUGUUCGCGCGAUCCGCCUUCGUCCCUGCUCACCAACAACCCCGACCACAGUUUGGCGAACAAUUUAUGGCGACACGGGGGUCCCACGGCCGCUUUCGUACACCUUUGUACAGCCAUGUGCUUCCUCCUACCCUCGCUUCUCAUGGAGGCCAGGCUGAUACACGCUGGAUUUUUGCCAAAAGAAACGAUAUGGCGUACGGAUCUGGAUUGGCUGGUGACUCAUCGCGAUCGGCUAGUCGUGUCGAGCUUCAUGAAUCCGACCGUAAAUCUUAGCAUCUUAACCGGUUUCAUAACGCCCCAACCUUUCGUCACCUUAAUACCCGACGACGAAUCGACCGAUAACGCAGGGAGCGAUAUUACCACUGUGAAAUCGGAAUUGAUCGAUCUUAUCAAUAAAUCGAUCGCGGUCGAAUCUCGACACCAGGAGACUACAAGGUAUAACGGGUUAUUUCGAGCGGCGAGUAACGGUCUAGCAACAUCUGAUACUCGAGUUCCGAGCACCACUUCCGCCCUACCUGCCAAAGGAGCAACUACUCCCUCGACGCAAGAAAUCAUUAUCGAUGCACCGAAAACACCGUCCACGAUUUUGAACUCGACCAUGCCCGCCAAUGGCAGUGCAUCGUCGAUUACAACGACGACGACGAGAACGACGAACACGGACGCGGCAACAACGACGACGAUGACGGCAACGUUGACAACGAGGAACGACGCGAAAGCAUCGACAAAAAUGGCGGAGAUGGGAAAGGUAGUUGCUGCCGCUGGAACCGCGACUACCGCCGUGAUAGCAUCUACGAUCGCGUCCACUUUUCCCUCGACGACCAGCUCGAUGAAGUAUGGAAAUACUGUUAGGCGACCAGUCACUACCAAGACGAUUGUUAAAAGUAACAGUUUAAAGAGCAAGUCGAAAACGAAGAACGUAGGAAGAAAUUCGACGACGGUUAAACCGAAGACUAUCUCUGUUGGAAAUAUGACCGCGCAGAGUAUGUCGUUAACGAUGAACAGUUUGGCUGAUUUGGAUCAUCCGGAAAAGUUGAAUCUUGAAUUACAACCAGCCGAAUCGUACGGACCUAUCACUCUCGAGUAUUUGAAUUACGCAAUCGCUCUUGGCGUAUAUUCCGUGAGAUAUCCGGCGGUUUUUUGGUCGUGCAAUAAACCAUUGGCCACAAUUUUUAGCUUCCAGUUAAUCGUUAAUUCCGCCCAAAGCUUAUUGGCCUACGUUGGAAUGUCCGUUCUUUACAAGGUCCAAGUAAUGGGGCCUUUGAAGGUGCUACCAGUUCUUCGCCAACAGUAUCGUACGAUAUAUACAAGCAACAUAUCGACCAUUUUCGGGGACUCGUACUUUUUGCUGAAUCCACACGUUACUCUCGUUCUGUUCGCUCUCUCCUCCCUUUUGGUGCUUUGCUCAAGCAUGGUGAUGUAUUUCUACGCUUACGGCAGAUUCACAGCGUUUCUAAAUCACGAACGUGAGCGUCGAAUCAUCUUGUCAAAGGAGAACCGAAACGGGAACGGUUGGAUAUACUUUAUCCAUUGCACCGCUUUAUGCGUGUUCCUUGCAAUCGCGAUAUGCAGCGCGCCGUUGCUCUACGACUACAGUGUCGUGUAUCGUGGCAGCCUGGACGGUGCAAUUUUAGCAUGUCUUGUCGCGACUGUCCUGCAUCUCUUCCUGUGGCUGGUUUUAUGGAUAUUCCUCACGAUAAAACAACGCUGGACGUUCAAAUUGCGAGUGACUAUCGGCCGUGCAACCGUUAGAUCGGCAAGAUCGGUGAAGCUCGUGACCGACGUCGAUCUGUUAUCGGCCAGGGACGAUGAAGACGGAACCAAUGCGCCGUUGCUGGUUGUCGGUAACGGCAGAACAUACACUAUUGCCGACGCUUCACCGAAAAAGGCUAUCAUGAGCGUGAUACAAAAGGCAGCUAUCGAGAGGAAAGCGCGAGCUCAAGGAAACACUGAUUCGGUUAACGGCGAUUCAGUGGCCGACGAUGAACAAAUCUAUUGGUUGAGACCGAAAUUGCGCCCGUCGCCGACUAGGUCGCCGAACGAGAACGGUGCACCAGCUACGGAGAAAGGAUGGCUGAACAAGAAAUUGAAACCCAAGGUCACCUUUAACGACCUGCCUAGUACGUCAGGCUCGCGUAAUAAAGGAAAAAUCAGACGAGGCAAUGGUGACGGAGGCCCUGAAGAUGACGGAGAUUACGCCACGUUACGGGAAUUACCGUUAAUUACGUCGUUGGAUCCGGCCGAUGAUUCAACAUCCGAAGAGAACAAGUGGGAAAGAUGGCUGAUAUCUCGUAGGGACGGUAUACCUAAAUUUGGAAACCUGCUCGAGUGCGUGAACGAUGACCAAGUGACGUACUACGCGAGUGCAAAUCGCGAUCUGCAACCUUCGGAAGGCGAUCCUUCGCCUCUCUUGACUCCAGACCCUUUGCCCGAUUCCUCCUCGGAGCCACUUCCACUGCCACCUCCGACUCCGUCUCCAACUCCGACUCCGACUUGUGCACCGACUACCGAAGUUGUCACGGCGUUACUAACCACUAACACCCAGACAAACGGAGGACACACGCCACGAUGCUUGCGCCGAGCUGAUUCAGGAAUGCCGCACGAGGAAUUGACCCCUCGCUCGGAUUCCUCCAAUUCUCCACCGUUAGACGCCGUGGUGGGAGGCAAUAGCGGGGCCGGCUCGGUGGCGGGGCACAGUAACGCGAGCAGCCACAGCGAAACGUCCUCUAGCGGCGUGCACAGUAACGCUAGCAAUGGGAGCAACAGCAGCUGUCAACGGCGAGCGACCAGCGUGGACGACGUGACAGGUGGCAACUGCGCCAACGUUGCCGAGCAACGAGAUAACGAAGAGUCGCGCGACCAGUGGCGCAGCUGUUCUCUCCAACGCGGGAUUCAACCACCGUCCGCUGCCAUUGCGUUCUCACCGCCAAAUAGUCGCCCCGGCACCAGCCAUUCCUUCUCCUCGCCGCAGUAUGCGAACCACGUGCCGCUGUUCGCCAAUGCGAGUUCAAACGCGAACGCUAAUCCCAACGUGAACAACACGAGCGUGAGUGGCAGCACGAACGUUAACGUGAACGAUAUCGCCGCCACGGUCGGCCAAGGAUGCCCGGCCGUUAUCCUCGAGAAUCCCAACGAGGCGACCGUGGUGAUACGGCGGAAGCUGUCGAGGACGAAGCUGACGGAGCCCCUGAACCCGAACGAAGAGCCGUUUGGCCGGUCCACCAACAUGAGGAUGACGUCAUUCACGGAGAGCAACGAUAUUCGCGUUCACGCCUCGUCCGCCACUUUGCCGCAUUACCCGACCCAACCUGUCGUGACAUACCCGCACUGCUCCACCAUGCCUCUGCCCCACGCCUCUCACAGCAUGGCCGGAUCUCACAUGGGCGGGUCGAGCGGAAGCUGUGGAUCGGUGCCGAGGCACGCUUUCGUUCCACCGCAGGUACACUCGACGGUGCCCGCGCACACGACUUUACCGUCCCAUCACAACGGCGUCAGACUUCUCCCCGGCAUAGCGCCCGCCCCCAACAAUCCUUUCGUCAAGAGGUUCCCGCCUGUGCAGCUGCACACGCAGCCCUGGGCGCUGCCCGGCCACCACACUUUCCCCCAAGCGUCCCAAGUUAACGGCAAACUGACCACCACCGCGCAGAUCAGGCAGAGCGAUCGUGACUCGGCAAACUUUUCCAUGGCCAGUAGCGGUGAUUCCGACACGUGUUUGCCUCAUUAGAUUCGAUCGUCCACCCUCUUCGCUCUCGCUCCGCGCCGAGCAAACGUUUUCACGUUAUACCGUUUCCGAUCACGGAUUUCCUGGAUCGUCGUCGUGCCCACGACGCUUCUCGAGAUCUUUUUGAAAAAAAGGUUUUCUCGGGGAUCGUUAUCUCUGAUCGCGAACGUGGUCGCGUAGAACGAAACAACAUUAUCAUUAUCAUACCAUCGUAUUAGGGGUUGUUACAUAUCAUACUUUCGAUUAUCCAUGAGAACACGUCCGACACGUACGGUCAACGUUAUUUUAUUUUCGAUACAAAAAACCACCACCGUCUGUCGCGACAACAUUUCGUCUCGUUCUUCCAUAUCAAAUGUUUCUUCGUAUGCCAUUUGUAAAUCGCAUCUUCUCGCGUAUUGUCUACCCGCUUCUCGAGCCCCGAUACAGUUGAUUCGAAUAAUGAAUAUCCUGCAGUGAACAUAUCCUGUGAGACAUGAAUCGUCAAUUGCUAUUAUAAUACGUGCAAGACAAGGUAGAUUGAUAAACACCGUUGGCUCUUUGAAAAAGUUAAAAGAAAAAAUUUUCUUCUCUUCAAAGACUUUUCUCCUAGAUUUUAAUUAUCUUUCAUUACUUUUUGUAAGAAAUGAAUAUUUAUCAAAAUGAGUAAGUGGAAAGAUUUGUGAAGAUAAUUAGCGAACGCAUGUGUCGUUUAAGAUUCGGGAACGGAGUAAAUAGCGAAUUGAAAGAGAGGUAAAAAUAAUCGUAAACCUAUAUUUAUAUGCCAAACAAUUUAUUCAAUGAAUUAUUGUAUGCAUUAGAGCAAAAUUCGAAAUUUUAUUUAUUUAACAUUCACGUGGAAAGUAUUCGCGAUAUUGUUCGAAAAUGUAAGUCUCAUCGCGCACAAUGAGAUAACCGUAUAUAUAGACUAAUACGACCAGUCAAUGGAUGAUUAUAUUAAAAAAAAGUUAAGAAACUUACGAUUACUGCCAUAAUGAUAACUAUAAUCGCAAAGAUCUUUAGAUCUUCGUCACAAUAUGAAUUUAUUUAUCGACUGCCAUGUUAUUUCGUCCUGUUUCGCGAACAAAAAGCGCUCGAGAAGUGUUCGUUCUUUUCGUUCGCUCGUAAUCGCUUAACGCAUAGUGAAAUAUUAAAGUAUUUAAUAUCGCUUGCGCUAUUACGAUAAUUUUAUUUUUCGCGAUCACGUAAUUUUAAUCGAGGAUUAGAAACGCGAAGAAAUGCACUUCUAUCUUGAAUAAUCGUGUCUUGUAUCGGCGUUGUAUACCAUCGGAGAUAAAUCAGAAAUCACAUUUCCAUCCAUAUGUAUUAAAUUUGAUACACACAUCGAUUAAAACGCAUUUCGAAUUAUAUGAUUUCGCCAAUUGACUGUAUCAAUAUACAACGAUGAUACGAUACGAGAUGCAACAAAUAAAUACCGUGUUUAAUAAAUAUAGGUCGAAAUGUUUCCCAAUUUCGUAAUCGAGUGGACAGAAAUAAAAAGGAAAAAAAAAAUGCAUAAUGGAUAGAUAAAUGAUAUAAUCCGGAUAGUUUGCCGAGUUCAUCGAAUUUAGAACAAUAACGAUGACGAUUUUAGGAUACUUAUGAUGGAUUAAGUUAAAAAGAAAUCUUUAGAAAGCUAUUAUUAAUCCAAGAAGUUACGCGAGAUAUCUACGAUAUUUCCAUAUCUUAAAUGUUUAACCAAAACCUCAAGUACGGGUUAUAGACUUUCGAUGAAAAUAACGAUCUCUUUGGAACAGGAUAAAAACACGGUCAAGAUAAUAAUAACUUAUAUAACGUAUGCAUAUAUUAUCCAAUGCUUAUACAUAUACACCUAAUGCAAUAUUUGAACAUAACCUCAAAUUUAUGAAACGUAAUGAAUCAUACGUUGUAAGUGUACGUGCUAUUUAGAAAUUCUUGUUGACGCAUUCGACGAAACAAACGGUAUUUUUUGAUUCAUCGAUCGAAUUUAUCAAUCUUUACGAGCUAUGACUAAAUACACGAAUAAUAUAACAUGGAUAGUAUAAUGGCAGAAAAGAAGUGUGGUAAGGGCGUGCCUUGCUCAUCGAAAAAGCAUAUACUUUUGUUCAUAAAUUACGAGUCAUAAGUAUGCUUGUUUUUUAUAAUAUUUAUCAAAUUUUAAUAAUAUUAAUUGCUUUUGAUUGCUUUUAGCUCACGUAUAAACUUACACUUGUGUUAUUGAAUAAAUCUUUAUUAUAAUUAGAUGUACAUAUAGAUUUUUAUGUUUGUUUUGUAAAUUAAAUAUUCUUUUUUUAUUAUAAUAUAGGAUCUGAAGUAUCGAAGAAAAUGAUUCGUUCUUCAAUCAUGAACACUUGAACUAACGGUCAAAGAAUUGAAAAAUAAAUGCAUAAUAAAAUUUAAAUAAUAACAAAUAAUGCACGAUAUUUAUAAAUCAUCAUCUACUUUUAAUUAUCGAUAUUCCGUGAUUUAUGGACAAGAGUGUAUAUACAUAUAUUGCGCAUGCUUUUUUCUUUCUUCCUCGACUUAUUUGUUAGGAAAUCUUUCUUUUAACGUAGAUAUCGAAUGUAGUGAAAUUAUUUACGUAGUAGCAAGAAAUUCUGCUCGAGUAAAUGCACUCUAGAAGAAAGAUUGUUAUUUUGAAAUAUCUUCCAAUUUUCGACGAUUUGAGAUGAAACAGGUUAGAAAAGUGCGUAGAAUCGGUAUGUACAAUGUCUGUAUCUCCUCCGAUAUCGCCAAAGAGCAUAUAUCGCGUGUUUUUCGCGAAAAGGUGAAAUCAAGAUGACGAAGCCACAAUUUCCUACAAACGUCGAAAAGAAUCGAUAUGUACAGAUCUCUUUUAUGUGUGUUCGUCGAGUUGUAUUUAACACGUGUUCGUUCUAUCUUUUAUGCACAUAUCCUGAAUCUAGAAUGACCCUGAAUAAAUUAAGAGUGAAGCAUCAAAUUUAUAGCUAACCUAUAAAAAUUUGUAGUGUUCGCGAGAAAAUUGAAAAUAUUAUUACUGUCGUCUAGUAUAUCGUAUCGCGGUGUUGACAUUUUAAUCCUUUGAGUCCUAACUUGUAUCAAAUGAUAUCAUAAACCAAAUGUACAGAAAAACUAACAAUUAUUUUUAUUUUAUCGUGUUUCUAUUUUAUUUUUUUUUUUACAAUCUUUAUCACAUUGUGUAAUAAAUUCGUUCAUGUUGACAUUUGAUAAGAUUUUCUCAUCUAUUUAUAAACGUUUGUUUCAUUUUGAAUUCCUAUUAUAUAAUUAUUUUAUAGAAUAUCGAUCACAUUUAAAAAAAAAAUUGUUUUCCAUUAUAUAACAACGUACGACCAUAUACUUUACUUAUUAUAUUUACAAGGCUUUGCCUUUUAAUUUUUAAUUGUUUCACUUGUUCGGAAAAUUCGUAUAUAAAUAAAAAAUAGUACAUACGUAAAUAAUUAAUUACACAAUUUAAUGCUUCUAAUACAAGUCUUCUAUGUUUACUAGAAACCUACAUAACCAAGUUUUUUAAAAUGUAUAUGCUAAUUCAUUUUAAUUUUAGACGUAUUUAUAUCAUUACUUUUUUUUUUUUAGAAAUUUUCUCAAUGUUUUUCACAAACAUUGUUAUGUUUAGGUAAAAAACACGAUAUAAACAAUGCGAUUAAAAAGAAUAAUACAUCAUAGUUUAUAAUCCAGGACAUGAAGGAUUAAAUUGUACCAUACGAUCAUGCGCUCAUCAUAUCUUUUUCAAUUCGUCAAUGUUAAAAAAAAGAACAAAGAAACUAAUUGUUACUUCUUAUCCUUCACACACGAAACAACCGAAACGAUUUCGCCUAACUUUUUAACUCGUGUCGAAUCUAAAUAAAAUGGAAGAAGCGCAAGAAAAGAAAAAAUAAGUGCAAAUGUUUCAUCAUAUCGCGGACAUAAAUGGACGUAAUAAUGGCUCGGACGAAUAAUCUAAUAGUUUUUCUAUCAACAGUGUAAAAUCAACGGAAGGGAAUACCACCUACUUAUAUUUUCUUACUGUUUUCACUAACGAUUUCGCAACUUCCGUGCGUAGGGAGUAGAGACGAGAAUAUAAACGUGUUAGUCGCUGAGUAGAAGCUAGUAGAAGUCAGCCAGAUCACCGUCGAAGAGGUCGUCAAAAUUCAUUACGCGCUCGUUGCGAUCCAUCCUUUCGUAACGCAACUGAUCAAUAAUCGCAGCGCGCAUCCAUUCGAAACCUCGAAAUCCUUGGUUAUCUGGACCGACGUUAGUCAGAAAAAUUCCUAUAAUUUUUAUACCUGGAUAGAAUCGAAUAGAUGAACCGUUUCCCGAGUAAAUUGAAAGAUUUCAAUCUAUUCUUCUAGGACAAAAAACGUCGAAAUGGAUGCAGUUAAAGCUUUAUGGUACCUUACGAGAGAAGCGAUACAAUUGGUUUUUUAAAUGUAUUAUAUACGUUUCUUUGCACAAUGAUUUCUUGCGUCAGAAAAAUCAAAGGUAUUCGAUUUCGGAAAAAAGAGCAGAACGGAUAUAUCGGAUGUGUCGAUAUAUCGAUUUGCAAAAACGAUAAAGCUUUCACUGUACUUGUAUAUUUUUUCAAGCGAAUUUCAAUGCGCAUGGGUUACACGCAUUUCUCUCUUGUAUGCCAAUGUAAUACGAACGAUUUUUUAUACGAAACUUGAUUUCAUCUUUAUUCGAUACUGAAGAAAAAAAAAAAGAGCGACGCGCCGACAACGCGAUUUAUAAAAAAAAAGAAAAAAAAAUCCUUACAUGUGUAAGAAAAGAAGAAAAGACAACGACGAGAGAUUAAAGCUCGAGUUGAGUUUUAAUCAAUGAGAUACAGGUAAUCGAUCGAUUAUGGUCUCCUUAAAAGGCCAGUUAAAUUUUUUAAGUCUUUUCAUAAGGAAUAAAAGUUGGAAUAAACGUUUUGUAAUACCGAUCGUACAUAUCACAAUGAAUGGACCAUAGAAAUGGGAACGACGAGAAUGCUCAGAAUCAAAUAGUUAACGUGCACGUGGAACACCGUCGAUCGAAAGUUAGAGAAAAGUUGGGACAAUUUCAAUUUGUGAAAUAUUUUUUGUCGAAAAUGACUCGAAAACGAUUUCAUCCGAACACCUAAUGAUAUAAUCUCGUGUUAAUCUCAGUUUCAUUUCAUUCUCUUGCUGUUGAAAAAUUUCGUAAUAAUUAUAAGAUCAUGAUCGAGAAUUGUUAGAUAGUUGCAGAUGAAAUGGCUGAAUAAUUUCUAAUAUAAUUCUCAAGUUUCCAUAAAUAAUUUCUUUUUUAAAAAAAAAGCUUCCUUUUUAAUGAAGUAAUUGAUGCUGUUUUAAAACCACGGUUUUAUUAAUCGAAUUAUUGAAACGAAACAUUUAACCGCUAAACUAUGAAUGACUCUGCACAUUUAUGAAAUUCGCCAUUUGAUAUGCAACAGUCCAAUACAAGUUUUAUCCACUCGUUAUUUCGUCAUUUUCGUAAUAAUUAUUAACAGCAGCAGGAAUAUCAAAAGCAAGAACGAACCGCUAUUUGAAUCUCGAUGGGAUAUUUCGAUGCUGCUAUUCGUAAAAAUAUAUUCUUUUUAUCGUUUAGCGUCAAUCAGCGAUGUUUUAUCCGUUCGUUUUAGAUCCAGCUAGACCUCUCGACGCGGAAACGUACACGAUCAAAGGGAUGCUCCGAAAAAAUCGAUCGACCCGAUGAAUUCCUGUGAUCUUGCGAAUUUUUUCUUCAUUUAUUUAUUUUUUUUUUUCCUCGUAAUUUUACGCUAUUUACAUCCGAGGGAGAGUUGAAGUGAAAAAAGUUUCGGAGCAUUUCAGAGUUUUACCGCGAGAAUUCCGUCUCGAGCACGCAUAAAGAGAAAAAAGCGAAAGAGGAUAAAAGCGAAAUAAAACUAAACAGGGGAAGUGAAGGUUGCGCCUUUGCGCGUGUACGAAUGUCCGUGCCUAUAUCUGUGCGCGCGCAUUCAAUUGGUCGCCCUCGACUGCGUAUUUCUUUGGCUUGUAAAUAAUUAUAUGGACCGAAUAAAAUUAGCGGGUGAGACGAGGGAAAGGAGCGAGAAUGAACGAUGGAGGGGAAGAUAAUGCAAAAAGAAAAAAAAACUUUAACGGAUAUGUACGAAUAAUUGUAUAAAGACUGAUUAGACUUACUUUGGUAUUUAUUCUAAUUCACAGUUAAACGCUAUCGCUUUGCGCGCUCUUGAAUACUCACGGAGCACGAAACCAAAGGUAUUCAAUUCCUGGCUCAAAUUCCAUUUUUCUCUUCUUCUUUGACGUCUGUCCGCGACUCGAUUGCGUUUCCUGUCACUCUUUUCUUUCAUUUCUUGCUGGAAUACAAUAUUCCUUUAAUAAUGGAUGAAAAUAUUUUUCGAUUUUGGAAAUGUAAUAUUAGUUACAGUUAUUAGAUAUGUAAUUAUUUUUUUUUUUGCUAUUACUUUUUUAAAUAUUUUGAAAUUUCAUUAUCCUCGAUUUCGAAUUGAUUUUUCUAUCGCGUGAACGGCCUAUGAAGUUUACUUUCGUUGCAUAAUUAUGAAUAUCUGUAGAAUCUAUGUGCAAUGUAAAAUAGAAAAAGAAGGAUAAAAAGAAUGAAAGACAAGAAAAAUUGACAUUUUUAUACUUAUUAUUUGUUGUCAUAAUUUUGUUUCAAAUGGUGCCAUUUCUGUAUCCAGGAAAGAUUCAUCGAUUUUACCAUUCAUGGAAAUGUGCGAACGGAGCAAAGAGAAAAAGAAAAAUGGUAUGCGCGAUUAUAACAGCGACACUAUUAUUGUCACAUCGUAUCAAUAUUAUUCGAUGCAUCGUAUAAGCAAGUAAACUAGAUGUAAACUUUGUAUAUUCAUUUACCAAGAAAAUAAAGAUAAAUUAUUCGA